UUGCAUCAGGCGCUGAGCGCCCCCGCCCCGGCCCGUCGCGGGGCCAACACCCGUCUCCUGCGGCGGCCCCCAAGGGGGGGAGCAGCACCAGGCACCCCCCGCCCGAGUCUAACACCCCGCGGGGCGGGGCAGCCCCCCCCCCCCCGCCGCAGGAGGUGCCCCCCUAGGUAGGCACUAACUGCGCCUGCUUGUCCGGGGCCCCCCAGCACAGCAGCCGAGCCGGGGGCCGGGCUGGGCGCCGCUCACGUCCCGGGGCUGUACCUAGAUUUCCCAAAUCUGCCGGAGUCAUCCUCGCUACAGCUGCCCCCGCCCAGCAGGGUCAGACCCGGGGCUCCGCCGUCCUCCUCCUCCUCCUCCUCCGCCGCGAUGGCCACUCGGAUCCGCACCGGGCCGCUCCCGGGCUCCCCCGCGCCGGCCUCCCCGACCGGGCUCGGGGCGCCGCCGGGCCCGUCCUCCAGCGGCUCCGCGCUCCGGCUGGCGACCCCGGGCUGCUCCGGACCGGGGCCUUGGGGGCUCCCUGGCGGCAGCUCGGCCAUGGGGCUCCGGUGCGAAGGGGGCGCCAGCGGCCGGUGCCAGGGCAGAGCCCGCCAGAGCCGGUGGAGCCGAGCGAGCAGCGAUGCCGCCGGGCUGCCCGCAGCCGCCGCCGCCGCCGCCGCCUUCUCCUCCCGCCGCGUCUCUGAGCCAGGCAGCGCCGCGGCGGCGCCCGCAGCUCCAGACCCCUCCUGCUGUUGGGCGGCCGGCCCCCGCCCACCUUCGCGGGGAGCCCGGGGGCCGGGCCAGCGCUCCCCGUCCGCCGCCCUCCCGGGCAGCAGCAGACAGAGGAGGCAGCGGAGCCAGGCGCUGAGCAGCGCGUACAUGGCCGCCCCGGGGUUAACAACUGUGGACUUCAUCUGGUUCUCCAAACCUCUUCAGUGGCAGAGAGAAAUAAACCAGCUCUUGCAACAUGAUCUGGAAAAAAACUAUUCAGGAAAACAAGGAGAUGGAAGAUUAUUGACUCCUUUGGUGCGUAAUAAGCAAGUGUAUGUCCCAGUAGCAGCCAAUUUGGCAGACCUUUCUGGUCUGGAAUUGAAACAAGGUGCAGGCUGUCUAUCAGCAUUUGGAGAUUCUUCUAUUCAUACUCCUACAAAAUCCAGAACGCGACAGGGCUGUCAUAGCGCUGGUCUAAAUAUUUCAGAUAACAUAAAUUUUGGGAGCAGUUCAUCAGUCACAGCAUUUCCCAUUCUGCAUCGUGCUGCGGAUGAAAAAAUACUGAAUUCUGAUAGGCUGACCCUUGAAAGGCAAAAACUGACAGUUUGUCCAGUUAUCGAUGGGGAAGAACAUCUUCGCCUGUUGAACUUCCAGCAUAACUUUAUAACUCGGAUCCAGAAUAUCUCUAAUCUGCAGCAUCUUGUUUUCUUAGAUUUAUAUGAUAAUCAGAUAGAGGAAAUAAGUGGACUUUCAACUCUGAGGUCUCUACGUGUCCUCCUGUUGGGGAAGAACAGAAUAAAGAAAAUAUCAAAUCUGGAGAACUUGAAAAAUCUUGAUGUUUUGGAUCUUCAUGGAAAUCAGAUUGCUAAAAUAGAAAAUAUCAAUCAUUUGGGUGAACUCAGAGUGUUAAACCUUGCCAGAAACCUUUUAAGCUAUGUAGCAAACCUUAAUGGACUGGAUUCACUGACAGAACUUAACCUUCGUCAUAAUCAAAUCACCUCCAUGAAAGAUGUGGAUACUUUGCCCUGCCUCCAGCAUCUGUUUCUCAGCUUUAACAAUAUAUCUAGUUUUGACAACAUUCUGUGCCUUGCUGAUUCCUCAUCCCUAUCUGAUAUCACCCUUGAUGGCAAUCCAAUAGCUCAGGAGACAUGGUACAAAAACACUAUUCUCCAUCAUAUGAUGCAGCUCCGACAGUUAGAUAUGAAGAGAAUCACGGAAGAAGAAAGGCGCAUGGCAUCUGUUGCAGCAAGAAAAGAGGAAGAGAAGAAGCGUGAAAGCCACAAACAGACCUUGUUAAAGGAAAAGAAACGAUUGACAAUUGGCAACAUUGCUCACCAAUGGGAGAUUCAGCAGAAUCGAGUUGCUCUUGUGACUUCUUCAAAUCAAGAUAAAAAAGACAGUGACUCCUGUCAGAUUAAUGGCAGUGCCGCAUAUGUAUUUCCUGAAGAAACCAGGUCUCUUGACACAAUACUAAGCAAUGCUGUACAAGGCUUAUCUGGCCUCGAUUCUUACUUAGUCGAAGUGGAGGGAGAUACUCUUUACUUGUAUGGUUCUGGAGCACUGGAAUCCCUGGAUCGAAACUGGAGUGUUCAGACAGCUGGAACCAUCACCACAGUCUCCUUUAUGUUCAUAGAAUUUGAUGAAAUUGUUCAAGUGCUACCAAAACUGAAGAUCAGAUUUCCUAAUUCUGUGCACGUGAAGUUUAAGGAGACAAAUAUUGUCAUGUUGCAGCAGUUUAAUGCGUUAGCACAGGUGCGUCGCAUGGAACAGUUGACAGUUGAUCCUCAGGGAAAUCCAGUUGUCAACUUUACUCUGUGGAAAUACUAUGUUCUGUUUAGACUGAACCAUUUUAAUCUGCAGAAGAUAAAUGGAACUGAGGUUACUGAGAAUGAUACAGUAAUGGCUGAAAGGCUCUUUGGCAUUCUUGCAUAUGUAGCAUCUUCUGAAUUGCCCCAGUAUCGCCUGCUUUCACUACUUGGAGAAUCCAGGAAGAAGCAAUUCUGUUAUAUGCUAGAGGCAAAGGGGAAGAAAUCUGGGAUUGUCAGUGAAGAAAGUAAUGACAGCAGAAGAGUUGGAGGAGAAAAUGCAAGUCAAGCUAUACUGAAUUACACCACAAGGGAGUUUCAUACAGAAAAGCUUGAGGAAAUCAAGGAGAGAAAGAAAUUUUGCCAGACAUACAUACAAGACUUAGUGAAAGAAGCUGCUGACAUCAAUAUGAAAAACGAGUCUUUGCAGAAGCUGUGGCCUCAGAUGUUCAUUGAGCUUGUCAGGGAUGCGGUGAUAGAAAUACGCAAUAAAAAUUCCUACAUGAAACUCUGCCUACAGCGGAUCACUGAUCAAAAAUAGUAAACUUGAUUCCUGCUGACUUACAAUACUGACUUGCUUGCAUGUUAUGUUUCCCAAAGACAUAAAACAAAAGAAUAUAAAAUUGCCAUCACUGUAGGACACAUUUUUUAAAGGAUGCCUUUAAAUUCAAUGAGCUCUGUUUUUACAGCUAAUGUUUCUCUCUCUAGUUUUCAAAACAAAAGUUUUCUUUUAUACAAGUUUUCUUGUAUAAAAUUCUAACAGUGCAUCCUUUGCUAAACUGAUGACAUAGAAAUAAUUUGACAGCUGUGCCAUGGUUUACUAAGUCUUUUGCUUAUUGUUGUUUCUGAUGCUUCUGCUAUAGUGCUAAAGCAUUGGUUUAAAGGAAGAAGUUCACACUCUGAUGCUUGCCUUAUGUUUUUUAUUGAACACUUUUUAUUUGUUUCCUUUUUGACUAUUUGCUGCUGUGGUUAAAAAAAUUCACAGUUCAGAAUAUUAUUUUUUAUGAGCGGAAGCUAAUAAAUUAUUAUGUUUACACUC